AUGGGAAAAAUAACAGUAGAAAAUGUCACAUCGGCUGCUAGCAAUGCAUUCAAUUCCUUUGCACGAAAUAAGUCAUAUGUCAUUCCGGGAAUUUACGAUUUAGAAGUAGAGGAUACUAAUUGGGUCCUCACCUCAUCUUUUAUAAUUUUUACAAUGCAAACAGGUUUUGGAUUAUUAGAAUCAGGCUGUGUCUCAGUUAAAAAUGAAGUUAAUAUCAUGAUGAAAAAUAUUAUCGAUGUUGUAUUAGGUGGAUUUACUUACUGGAUUUUUGGAUAUGGACUUUCAUUUGGAAGGGGCUCAUUAUCAAAUCCUUUUGUAGCUCUUGGAGAUUUUCUGAUUGAUCCCGGUGUUGAUGAUCCUUUAAUGGGCCAAAUUUUCGCAGCUUUUCUUUUUCAACUCUCAUUCUCAACGACAGCCACAACAAUUGUACCCGCAGGUUGGGUGUGGGGUGAACAUGGAUUUUUAAGGAAUUUAGGAGUAGUCGAUAUUGCAGGCAGUGGACCAGUCCAUUUAAUUGGUGGAGCAAGUGCGUUUGCUAGUGCUGCUAUGUUAGGGCCACGACUAGGUAGAUAUUCACAUGGAAACGAUCCAUUACCUCUUGGUAAUCCUGUUAAUGCGUGCAUGGGUCUAUUUGUCCUUUGGUGGGGAUGGCUUGCUUUUAAUUCUGGUUCAACUUAUGGAAUCUCAGGAUCGAAGUGGAUAUAUUCAGCUCGUGCAGCUGUCAUGACAAUGCUUGCUUCAUUUGGUGGUGGUUUUUGGUCUGUCAUGUAUUCAAUGAUUCGAAAUGAUGGAAAAGUAGAUAUUCUCGAUCUGAUUAAUGGGAUUUUAGCAUCACUUGUUUCGGUGACUGCAGGAUGUUUUUGCUAUGGUGCUUGGGAAGCAAUUUUAGUUGGAUUUAUUGGUUCAAUCCUUGUUUGUUUCCUAGCACCUAUUUUUGACAAGAUGGGUGUUGAUGAUCCUGUUGGAGCAUCUGCUGUUCAUGGACUAGGUGGCAUAUGGGGUGUCAUUUCUGUUGGAUUAUUUGCUGACAAUCCAAAACCACUAGGCACUACAAAUGGUCGUACGGGGCUUUUUAAAGGAGGCGGUUGGUACUUGUUUGGUAUUCAGUGUCUUGCUGCAUUAUGUUUGUUAAGUUGGGGUAUCUUGUCAACUUUCAUUUUAUUGUACAUUAUCAACAAAAUCGUUCCGAUAAGAAUGGAUCCAAAUGAGGAACUCUUAGGAGCUGAUUUGAUGGAGCAUAGAGUUAGGCACAAUGCGAUCGGGUUGUCUCGAGCUUUAUCUGCACUGAUUCCAAUUGAUGUAGAGCUAAGAGAAAUGAUGAAUGUCCCAAAAAUAGGACAUAAUCCAGGUCAUGAAAAAUGUCUCGCUACUAUUCGCGAACAAAUUGAAGAACAUCAGAAUUGGAUUUCAAAUGAACAAUCUCCUCCACCAAAAAAACUGAGGAGACGAAGCAAACCUAAAUCAACAUUAGUAAAGAAAAGUGCAUUCUCAUCAAAAAGACGAAGUCCUCGAGCAUUAUCUUUCGGAACUCUUUCAUAUGAAAAAGAUAAAAAUUAUUCUCCAAAUCUUAUUUUAAGACGUGGUGGUCAUAUAAUUCCUGCUGAUCGUGAUAGUGUAGCACAAAGAAACGAAUUUAUGCCAACCAUAUCGAGUCGAGUUGAUAAACAGAAUGGAACACAAUUUGCGUGGAUUGAUUAAAUUAAAUUGAAUGUGUGCUUUAUUGAAUGUAGGAUGAUAAUAAAAUUUGUGGUGAGAAAUGGCGGAUAAAAUUACAACA